UAUUAAAGGAGUGCUUGUUCAGAAUUAUACUCUGUAAGGAUUCAGAACAAAGAAGGAUGUUCAAAGAUUGCUCUGUUUCAAUGCUAGCAGCAUACCUCCAGCUUAUUAGCAAUUUGAGUAUGGUGGUGUACUCCCACAAUAUGUUGGUAACUUUGGGCAUGGAUAAUAGUUAUAAAGUGGUAUUGGCCCAAGGGAUCAUAUGGUUUGGAACAAAGAAGGCAUACCUCCUUGUUUGGAACAAAGAAGGACGUUCAAAAUAUGAAGGGAUACUCAUUCAGGAAUUACGCUUUAAGGAUUCGGAACAAAGAAGGAUAUUCAAAGCAUAA